AUGAUUACUUUAAUCCCACAAUCUUCAGCACCGAACCCCUUUCAAUUAUCCAAAUUGUAUAACAGCAAUUGCCUUUUCAAAUCUUCAAUUUCCCCAAUCCGAGUGAAAUUCACCCUGAAACGACGUCGUUUUCACAUUCAGGCCUCUUCUCUAGUCCUCCCACUUCUUCCGUUCCCAAUUGACCAGGUGCUCGUUCCAUCCGAGGCUAAAACGCUUCAUCUUUAUGAAGCGAGAUAUCUGGCGCUUCUAGAGGAGUCUUUAUUUAAGAAGAAAAAGCUAUUUGUACAUUUCGUAUUAGAUCCCAUCAUGCUUAGUGAUACAUCGGAGGAAGCAUCAUUUGCUGCUAGAUAUGGUUGCUUGGUCAAAAUAGAUAAAGUUGAACAACUAGAAGUUGGAGCAUUAGUCUCGAUAAGGGGGGUUGGUCGCGUCAAAAUAUUGGAAUUUAAACAGGCAAGUUGUUUCAUCCAUUUUUAUCAAGUACGUCCUGGAAACCUUGUUUUCUCGAACUUCUAUUCUGUCCUCAUCGGAUUUCUUCUGACCCAUGAUGCAGUUUACCACAUAGGUGGGAGAAGAGAUUUGGGACCUCUGAUGUGGCAGGUGAUUUCAGACAGCCAAGGUGUUAUUAUUGGCAAAGAGAGUCUGACUGGAUGUGUACAGACAGAUUUAGAUUGUGGAAGAUAUAGGUACAAGGACGUUGCUACUAAUAGAAGGAGAUUAUACUACCCAUCUUGGUUGGAUAAGAGAUUUGUCCCUCAGGAGGCAUUGAUGCAGACUCAGACAGCAAAUUCUCUGAUUUGGGCUGAAACGGCACCGGACCUGGACUGUGAUGAUGCAUUCAUUCCAUCUGUGGCUGAACGUGUUUCCUUUUCAGCACUUCAAGCGGUUUCAGGUGGAACUAAAUUAGAGUGGCUGAAGUUACAAAAAGAGAAGGUUACAGCAAUGGAAAUGAAAGAUACCCUAGAAAGACUGAACAAAUCUAUAGAAUUGGUUAAAAAUAAUAUCUCCACGGUUGCAGCUAAGCUCGCCAUUCAAUCUGUACUUUAG